UAGUGGAAAUUAAAUACAUGAUAGGCUAUUAAGGCAUGAAAUCUUUCUCGGUGUUGAGGUCCAUCAAUGGUGAAGGAUUGAGGGUUCUUAUUAGGGAUUUGAUCGGUAGGUAAACCAGAGAUUUUCGAAACCUUAAGCCAAGAGCUUCUGACUUGGGCCUAGUUUGUGAAACAAUGUGUAUUUGUCUGCAUUGUCGUCCCUAAUUUUGUAAUUGUUACAGGUGAUUUAGUUCAGUGGGAAAUAUUAUGGAGUCUCAAGAGAGAGAUAGAGACAGAAUCGGCAAUCUUCCUGAUCUGGUUGUCCAUCACAUCCUUUCCUUCCUCAACAUGCGAGAACUUGCAAAAUUGUCCCUUACUUCGAAAAACCUGAGAGAAUUCUGCAUAUCAAUUCCAUUCUUGACUUUUGAUGGUAUGGUUUGGAAAAAGAGCUUGACUGAUAGAAUGGUGUUCAUCAAUUUUGUGGACAGAUUUUUUGCUCUCCGUAAAGGAAUGGAGACCCAACACGUUUCUAUUCGCUGGCCUCUUACCACUGCCACUUCUUUUGAAAAAUUUCGUGUUUUUACAUGGCUUUAUAAUGCAAUAGGAUGUAAGGUUCAAUGGCUUGAGCUUGAAUUCAUCCUCAAAGGUGUAGAGGUUUUCUCGUUGCCAAUUUCUGUCUAUCACUGCAAGUCUUUGAAGAAAUUCGAAAUAGACUUGCACAGAAGCAUUCUUGAAUUUCCCUCUUCAGGUGGCUUCUACAAUCUCAAAUCCUUAUCUUUGAGAAAUGUAAGAAUUAAUAAUGAUAGUUUUGGAGAGUGGAUUUCAUCUUUCUGCAAGCACCUUGAGGAAUUAUUGCUUGAUCACAUUGAUGGGGUAAAGAAUAUUAUGAUCAAUAGCUCCACCCUUGAACGUUUGACCAUAGAUAAUCCUUCCUCUAGUAAACUGAGCAAUAUAAUCAUAUCGGCAGAAAAGCUUACUUCGUUUCUCUUGUUUUGGAGAGGUCGUUCUUCUAAUCCCAAGUUAUUGAAAAUCUUUGCCCCAAAUCUUAUUCGUCUGAUUUGGGAGAGUUAUCUUGUGGAUUCAUACUGCUUGGGGAAGUUGAACCAUUUACAAGUUACUGGAAUCAAUGUCAAGCAAGAUCCUUCCUUGGAUAGGCACGAGUUUUCUACCAAUAAGAACUUGUCAAGUCUACUUGAUAGCAUAUGUACAACUACCAAUCUAUAUAUAGAUUAUGAAUGCAAUGAGAUUAUGUUUAAGCAGGGUUGUCUACCAUCACUCUUCUGUAAUUUGAGUUCCCUCAGUAUAUAUACCAACAAUUUAGAUGAUUGUUUGGUGCCUGCUAUAGCUUCGUUGCUCAAAGGAACACCUAAUCUGAAGACUCUUACAAUAAAAUACCAUGACUACUUCCUUGCUAAAAGAUUAACAAAAAUGGAAUCGAAAUCAUAUGGAUUUACCCUGGGAUAUUGGGAGUCUCAAAACCUAGCUUUUGUUCAUAAAUUGGAGAAAGCGGCAAUAGAGCUUUUUCACAAAGGGGAUAAUGAGUUGGAGCUCAUAAAGUACUUGCUCAAGCAUGCUACAUCUUUAAAGAAGAUGGCCAUCCUUUAUUCAUCUCCCUUACCAUCUGGGAUCAAUAGAGAGGUAGAUGAUUACGAGAAGGCUCCUACUGCUGAAAUAGUUUUCUUUGCAGUGCCUCAGGAAAAUUCAUAAGAAAGAUUUCCAUUGCAAUAUAGAAAAUUAACUAUAAGAAGCAAAAGUUGCUGUAUCAUUAAGGAAUUUUAUUUUAUUUUAUUUUAUUUUAUUAUUUUUUUUUUUUGCAUGACAGCAGAGGAAAAAGAGAGUUCCUUAAGCUGUGCUGCUUUCAAUUUUUUUUUUUUUUUUUUAAAUUUGGCCUCAUGUCACAAAUAGAUUCUAGUUUUCUUCCAAUUGACAGAGAAGAAGCAUACCAUGCUUUUAUAUUAAUGGUAUGGAGGUAUAGGAGCAUUGGUAAUUCAAUAAAACAGAACUUGAAAUUCCCAUA